CUCUGUUAAGUGUGUGUGUGUGAAGUGGAUCAGUCACUCGCAGACCAGCGGUUGGGUUGUACUGACUGGAGGUUUGGGUUUUGUUUCAUUUCUGCAACAUCUCGAGAAGUUAUAGACUGUAAUCCACAGCAGAAUCCCAUUAUCAGUGAGAACAAGGUUGUUUUGAGGUCAGAUGAUAUCUACGAUGAGGUCGUAACACAAGCUUAUCCUGCUUUCGGUCCAGAUUGAUGCCAGAAUGGCCACUGCUAAGAAAGCGUCGUCUAAGACGGGGGGUGUUCGCUUCGCGGAGGAACCGGCCGCCGCCGCUCACUCGCAUGUGCAUUUUGACGAGAAACUGCACGACUCCGUCGUCAUGGUGAUACCCGAAUCAACCAGGAACUUCCUGGUUAAGGUGGGCUUCCUGAAAGCACAGCACCGAUAUGAGAUCGUGUUCACACUGCCUGAGGUGCCGGAGCUCGGGAAAGACGUGUGUCCAGCCCCCAUCCCCAAUCCACACCUGCGGAUCACUAAUUUAACCGGGUCCUCAGAUGGAGGUCUGAGGGUGACGUGUGAAUAUAUGGCCCAUCAGGAGGGAGUGAUGUGUGAGGAGGUGCAGAUUCUUAGUGAGAGCAAAGAGGACGUGUGUGUGAAGGUCAAAGUUCACGCCCGUGUCAUGGACCGUCUCCACGGGACCCCGAUGCUGCUGGAAGGCGUGCGGUGUGUGGGAGCCGAACUCGAGUACGACUCUGAGCAAAGCGACUGGCAAGGCUUCGACUAAACGCCUGAACACACACAAACACACACUUCCCUCUCAGUGGCACAUACUGCGUUUGAAAACACACUGUGGUCACUAGCUUCUUUUGGAAUGCAGGAAUGAUCUGUCGUUUACUGUUAGCUCUCUGUGAUUUGUCGUUUUUCAGGGUUGGAGGGGAAAAAACAAUCAAAUAGUGCGUUUUUCUCAGAAUUCAAGUAUUAUGACUGAAUGUUUCUUUUAGAUAAAACAAAUAAUAUGCUUUUAUGUCUGUGUUAUUGCACUUUCUUGCUCGAAUCUGUGUGAUUUUAAACUCAAUCUAGGGUGAUGCCUGUGCUCACUGUGAAUCAGCCUCUUGUUUGUACCAGUAGGGGGCGCUGCUGACCACAACAUCAAACUUACAUGUUGCACCAUGAACUUUAUCGCAUUGUGGCUUAAAGGUGUGAAUGUUUUGAUUCAUGAACUGAAAUUGAUUUGAUAAUUAUUAACUCGGAUCAAAUUUCAUUUUUCAUCCAUGUUUGCCCUGAUAUAUUUGAAUAAGAACGUCACUUUAAGGGCUGUUCAUAAAUCUUUUUAUGUGUAACAUUGGUCUGUUUUGUAGAGCCGAAGUGCCUGAAAUCAUAAACAUAUUCUUAGUUGAUUUGACUGAUGCCAGCAUGUGAGCCAUUUAACACUGAAUGUUUGCAGCGUAGCAUUGUAUGGAGGCCCUGAAAAUAUGAGAUGGGAAUUAAAUCAAGUCAAUGCUUUUGUGUUCAACCGUACGGAGCCCCAAAGGGUCAUUUUAGUGGAAGAACCAACAAUAACGUAAAUGCUUUUGCGUUUCCACCCAAAGAAAUCGCUAUAGUAACUCUGUUUCCUCGCUAAAAAAUUGCUACCAACUUUUUAGCUCUUCGCGAGCGAACGCUACAUUUCUAAACAUUUGAGAGAUGACGCAAAAGCGUUGACAUUUUUUCUUCCAUCUCUUUUUCUUCACCGUGUCCCUAUAAGGGCUUCUUACUCUAGCAAAUGUUUUGCGUUCCCUCGAGAAGCUUUCGUGGCUUCGCGCGCAAAACGUUUGCGUUAUUUGCUAGCUAAUGCAAAGUUCUCCGAGGAACGCAAUCAUAAGUGUUUAUACCAUAUCAUAUUAUCCCCUUCACCAUGUCCGUGUACUGUUUGUCCAUUGAAUUGCAUUGAUGGAUCAAUGUAGAAGUGAAUGCUUCUUUUAAAACGGCGUCAAACCCCCUCAAAAAGUCUAUACAGAAAAAAAGCAAAACUUCGGUUGGUUUCACUUUGAGAGCUUUGUUUCUGUGUCUUACUGUUAUUAUUUUUUUACUCUCAAAUAAAGUUGACUUAAUGCUUUUAUAAUAAGUAUUGUGGAGUAAUAGUUAGUGAAUCAUUGCAUUGAACAGCCACUAGCGGUCAGUGUACUCUAACUAAUGGAUCUAUUCACAGUUUAGGACUGAACUUGUGAAGUGUUGUUUUGGUAAUUGAUAAAUGUAAAAAAAAAAAAAAACGAAAUUCUACUGCGUUUGAUCAUGC